AAUGUGUGUAAAAUAUUCUAUCAGAAUUGCAACAUAAGCAGUACACGGCAAUGUGACGGUCCUGUAGAUCAUCUAGUUUCGAGCAGGUGUGGGUGUGGACGGAAUAACUCAGCACCUUUAAAGCAUUAAAGAGUUGUUUAGAAAAAUAAAAAUGACUAGUGUUGAAGAAUCUGUAGCUCCUGAAACUGAUAAUUCUGUUGGCAAUGAAGCCCAUCAACAUGAAGUCAGUGAAGCAGAUACUCUUAAUGAAACUAUUGGAAGUGUGGGUGAAGAUGAGAGUGAUCAGUGUUUGGAAGAUCAAGAACUUGAGGCCAUCAAAGCAAGGGUUCGAGAAAUGGAAGAGGAGGCAGAAAAGCUGAAACAGUUACAAAAUGAGGUAGAAAAGCAGAUGAAUCUAAGUCCUUUAUGUCUGUCUCCGGAAGAGAAGAUGGAGGUUGAUAAUCGAUCCAUAUAUGUUGGAAAUGUAGACUAUGGAGCUACAGCAGAAGAGCUGGAAAGUCAUUUCCAUGGUUGUGGCUCUGUGAACAGAGUUACAAUUCUGUGUGAUAAGUUCUCUGGUCAUCCCAAAGGGUUUGCUUACAUUGAAUUUGUUGAUAAAGACUCAGUUCACACUGCAAUGGCAUUGGAUGAAUCACUGUUUAGAGGAAGACAGAUUAAGGUAAUGGUAAAAAGAACAAAUCGACCAGGAAUCAGUACAACUAAUAGAGUCCCUAGAGGUAGAUUUCGUAGGGGAAGUCGGAAUCCUUAUUAUGGAUAUAGGCCAGUAAGAAGGUCUUUUAGAAGCAGACGAGCAUGGUUCUUUUCUCCGUACUGAGGUUAUCCCUGAGAUAAGGUCUUGUAACAGGCUAAAUUUUUCAUUGGUAUAGUUUUAUUGAGGUAAAACUGCCCUUGGUAUUUUAAGGAUGUUCACAGGCCAGAGAUGUAAGCUUGUUUCAUAGACUGAAAUUGGUGGGCAGGCACAGUCAUGGGUUUGACUAAGAAAUGUAUUCAUUAAAUUGGAAAUCUCUUGUUGUUCAAAAGAAAAACAAAUUAAGGAAAAUUGGGUUUUUCAGCUUGUUUUUAUUGGUAAAAUUUUAUAAAUACUGCAUAACUUUUUAUUAUUUUGUAUGAGGUAAAACUGCUCAUCAAAGUAUACUGUGGCAUACCUCAUUUUCCUGUUCGUACUGAAAAAGAAAUGAUGAAUAUGAAGAUUUGUAAAUUUUCAAUUGUUCAUUAGGGGUUUAUGCAUCCUUAAUUAAUUGUAUGUUUCAAACACGUUGUUUUUAAGAUUAUUGAAGAAUGUUGUCGUGGGGGGGAAAAGAUUUUGUAUCAUGUUACUCCUUGACCAAGUAUUUAAUUUCCAUCGUAUGUAUUCUCUGUUUUUCUUGAUGUAGUCAUUUAUACAAGAUAAGAAAUAUAGGGUACACAAAUUUUACAGACAAAAAAAAUCAUUACAUAUACCCUACCUGAUCACUAACCCUAUUAAUUUAGAAGAAACUACGUGUAGAAUAGAAAGUUAUUUAAAAUCACAUUGGUAACUGUUCUGAGUGUGUCUUGUGUAAGUGCCAUAUUUUGUCCAUCAGCCAGUUAGAAGUUACCAACUAGAAAAUGUACAGUGGAAAAAAAUCAUACUUCUAAAACAAUUUGUAUUGGAUUUUACAAUGAUGCGAAUCAUUUGAGUAAAAGUAAGCUCUGUGAGACUGCAGACACUGUAUAUACUUUCAUAUUUCAUUCUUGAUUUGUGAUCUAUAGUCCUGAAAGCAAGGAAAAUCGUUAUUUUUUUUUCCCCACUUUAUUAAGUUGAUAAAUCUAAAAUUAGUGCAACUUUAAUAACUAAUUUUUUUAUAAUUUUCUCCCCUAUGUUAACAUAAGGUAUAAUUUCAAUAUUUUUAUUCAAUCUCAAAUUUGGUAAAAUUUAUACAAAAAAUGUUAGCAAGGUUUAGACCAUGUUUAAAAUUAGAUUGUAGUUCAUUAUAAAUAAUAAUGAUAAACACAUUUAGUGGCAUAGUUUUAAUUUUGGAAGGCACAAUCAAAGCCUGGAAGAGUGCUAGAUUUCAGCCUUUCCCUUAAGAAUGAAGUUUGUUUCUUCAAGUAUUAGGUUUUCUUGCUAAAGUUUAGGCCAUUAGAUUUAAGCUGGCAUUUAAGUGAUCAGGAUAAAAACAUAUUGAGUGUUUUUACUGAGAAAUGUGUCUAGGUUAAACCAAGGACUGAAUAGUGGUUAGAUUUGUGAAGGUUUCUUACAUUGCUAAAUUGCUAGAAAUUGUGUAACCAUUAAAGAAAAAGUAUUAAAAUAUUGUACUGGUGUGGAUCUGGGAUAGGUAAAUAAGUUCUAUUUAAUGUUUUCAUCUAGUUUUACAAACAGUUAUUGCUGUAUAAAACUUUAAGUAACCUCUGUAGCUGUUAAGUGUACAGAAUUAUUGUUUGGAAGGGUCUUGUUUCAAUAGCUCUGAGAAGUUUUUUGAUAUUGCAUUUGAAAUUACCUGUAGUAAGUGCAAAUUAAUCCAGUGAAUGUUACCUAUAAGUGUUAGUUUUUUUAUAUACAUUCUACUUAAUCUUAAGGCCUUGUCUUGAAAUUAUGUUCGUUGGUGUGAUUCACCUUGUUUAGCUCUCCUUUUAACUUAUAUUCUGUCUUGUCUUGUUUGUUUUUCCAUUUUAUCUCCAGAGGCUUUAUUCCAGGUUUCUACAGACUUUGAAGUCAGAGCUAUUGAUGGCUUGUCCUUCAAGCUCUCCGGCUUUCUACGUGUAAGAUUUUCAGGAAAAAAAUAAAAAUUUUCAUGUAUC